UCUUAUAACAAGAAGCAGCAGCUUCACAAUUGUUCUCAAAAGCUAACUAGAGACAGCAAUUUCCAGGGACUGAGACACACAGAUGCCAACAAGACCAGUAUGUGUGGAUAGUGACUCUUGGACGAUAUGGGAGUGCAUAGGUUGCGCUAAUGUGUGAGGAACGGUGGUUUUGUUUUUGAAAUGUCACCUAUAGGAAGGAUGUGCACCCACUUCCUCUCCCUGGUUGCGCGACACACAAAGGCAGCAUUCUGAAAGCAAAACUGAUCCAAUGGGGUCAAAAUAGAUUGCCUGCCUCAAUACAGCUCUCCAAAGAUCUUGCUUGGGAAUUUAGCAGAAAAGAAAAGAGUGAGUCCACAUUCCUCAGUGGAAUCUGCAAAAGGGAAGUAAACCCAGACUUCCUGUUUGCAAGGGGAAGGAAACCAAAGCAAUGGAGCCAAGCUUCCUCAAAGCUUUCCCAGAGUUUCAAGUCAAUCCAUUCUCAGAAGAGGAGGACAUUGCGCAAGGAGAAAAGAGGAAAUACAUAAAGCCAACUUCUCGAAAUGACCCGAAACUAGAAGCUCUACAAACAUUCUUUAUGGAUUGGAUUAACACGACUCUCAAGAAUGAACACAUUGUGGUGAAAAGCCUUGAACAAGACAUGUAUGAUGGAUUAAUACUUCAUCAUCUCAUAGAGCAACUUGGAUCCCUCAGUCUGGAAGUAGAGGAAAUUGCCUUGACAGAGAAGAAACAAAGGCUUAAACUUGAAAUUAUUCUGAAAUCUGUGAACCAGUGUUUACAGCUAGAAGAAAGCAAACUGAAAUGGAGUGUAGACUCCAUCUUCAGGAAGGACUUGCUGUCCACGUUGCAUCUUCUGGUGGCCAUUGCCGGCCACUUUCAACCAGAGCUCGCUAUACCUCCGAACGUUAAGGUGGAUGUAAUAAACGUAGAGCAUACAGCGAACGGAUUUAAGACAGAAGAUUCAGUUGAGUACAUCACCGGGAACAGGGAACCUGACGAAAGUUCUUCACAAGCUGAAAUCUUUGAUGAAUUAAUGGCACAUGCUCCAGAGAAAGUGGAUGCAGUGAAAGAGGUAUUUUUGAAGUUUGUCAACAGACAUGUUGGGAAGUUAGGACUAAGUGUGAAAGACAUUGAUUCUCAGUUUGCAGAUGGGGUUAUUUUACUCUUGCUAAUUGGGCAGCUUCAGGGCUAUUUCGUGAAUCUGGGAGAUUUUUUCCUGAAACCAAGUUCCCCUGCAGAGAUGGUACACAAUGCAAGCCUUGCAGUAGACUUGCUAAUGGAUGGAGGCCUUCUGGAUGUACCUAUCAACCCUGAAGAUCUCAUGAACCGAGAUAUGAAGACCACGUUGCUCGUCUUGUACUGCCUGUUUUCCAAAUACAAGACCAAAGAGGCUUGAAGUACAGAAAUCAAAAGGCCUAUGCCAUAUUUGCUAGUGAAUAGUCUAAUUUUCAGUGCCAAUAAUUGUUUGAUGCUUUGCAUCUACGUACAACUGAUACAUAUUGUAUGCGUAAAUGAGAAUACGUUUCAGUAACCUAAACUUAGUGGAUGCUGUCAUUUACUGGUAAUUCUUAAGGUUUUAAGAGGGUCAGCAGGAAAUGGCAGGUAAGACUUGAAAGAAUUCAGCAUGGUAUUUGAACAUCUACUGAACGCAGUUUGUAUUCUUGUUGCCAUCCGUCUGUCUUGAGAGACAAUGGAGUGUGCCUCUGGGAGUGAAGUCAAACUGUUGUGUUUGCAGCACCAAAGUCGCCUCCCUGAGGCACAAGCCUGAGCCAUGUGUCUGGAGGUCCUGGGCUGCCCAGAUGACAAGACCACCCUGAUGUGGUCCAAAGGAAAGCAGAGCAAUAUGUUUGGCACCAGCUUGGC